AUGCCAGGGGGAAAAUAUGUACGGGCGAUCGUUGAUCCCGAUGAAAACUGCAGUGUCAGAGGGGAUUUCUCAGAAGAGGAAUAUAUUGAUUCGGAAGAAGAGACGCAAGAACCUCAGCCUGGCCCCUCGAAACUGUCAUCAAAGUACGAUGAAAAUUUUGGUAGUCGGAGUACUCAGCAAACAGUAGCAGAGCACUCCCACCGAAAUCUGCUUGAUAGGCUGGAGCGCAUGGAACAGACAGUUUAUCGAAUGUCUGAUCAACGACACGAGCAUCAGUCAGGGGUAACUGCAGCACAGCAGUGGCUCGGCGAAAGAGGCAUACAAGGUCAACAGUCGAACGAUUCGGAAGCUCAUUUACCAAGUACGAAGACAGACAAUACCGGAGGAGUACGCUGGGACAUUCGCCCGUUUCCCCAAGGAAUACCUACAAGCAAGUUGUGGGUAGAAUGGUACCGAUUCAAAUCAAAUCUUGAAAUCGCUGUGGAUCUGAACAACGUCAGUGACGGUAACCGAGCAAAACUACUAUAUUUGAUGAUGGGUGACCAGCUGCAGGGCCUAGUCACUGCGGCCAAACUGUGUCCAAGUUUCAAAGAUCCCCGUUGCUAUUCGGCUCUCAUGCAAAAUGUUGGCACAUAUCUGCGAUCGUUGGUUGAUACUACAGCCGAGCAUGAAGAGUUUACCCGCCUCAAGCAGGAAUCUAACGAAUCGAUUCUUCAGGGAAUGAGUAACCGAGAUGUUGCUAACACAGCUAGAACCUACAACCAUGAUACUCAACUGAUUGUUCAGGCUGCCACACGUGCCGAGGCUUUUGGCAUUUACGCGGGUCCUCCCACGGUUGAAGAUGAAAGAAUGGAAGUCAGGACUGCUUCAAGUCAACAGCGCUCAACCCCGAAGAGAUCUUCAAGCGAAUGGAACACACAGCAACGAGGACGCGGCUAUGAUCGAUACAAGCGCUCAAACCGUGGUGGUACGCAGGUUGGACGUCGCAAUCGCUGUUUCAGAUGCAAUCGGCUGAAGCAUGACGGAAGAGAGUGUCCAGCUAUAUACAAGAACUGCAACACCUGUAACCAACGCGGCCACUUCUCCGUCACCUGUCGCAAGAAGAAUUUGAAUAAUCUCGAUUUCCCAGAGUGUGCUGACGAGCACGUUAACGCCGUAAAGUCAAUCAACUCACUAUCGUUAACUGAUGUAUUAUUCGAUUGUCGCGUGGGUUUAUCGGAACCAAUAUCAUUCCUCAUAGAUUCGGGAGCGGAUGCAAAUGUAAUUGGUGGUAAUGACUGGAAGUGUCUGGAACCGCAGUGGGAUGAUCGCUCUGUAAACUUAGAAUUUGUUGAUUUUUUUGAGCACCCUGAUUUGAGAGCGUAUGCAGCCGAUCAACCAAUGGUUGUUUCAAAGGUUUUCUGGGCAAAUGUGGAAGUCAGUGGGCUCUGCAAACCAGUAGUGCGUGCUAAAUUUUUGGUGGUUUCAAAAGGUCGCAGAUCACUGCUGGGUCGAGAAACCGCCAGUGAUCUCAAGCUGCUGCAAGUUGGAGAAGCCGUAAACAGUUCUGAGCUUGAUGACACAGUCAGAACGUUUCCCAAGAUCCCCGGAAUAAAGAUUAAAUUUAGCAUCGAUAGGUCCGUCCCACCGGUGCGAAACGCCUACUUCAAUGUUCCCGCUGCAUUCAGAGAAGCAGCAAGGCUAAGACUCGAUGACAUGGAGGCCCAGGGAAUUAUCGAAAAAGUCACGACAGCUCCCGAAUGGAUCAGCGGAAUGUCGGCUGUUCCGAAAGGGCGGGAUGACUUCCGUUUGGUCGUCAAUAUGCGAGCCCCGAAUAAAGCCAUUAAAAGGGAAUAUUUCCGAAUGCCAAUGUUAAACGAAAUGAAAAGUAAACUACACGGAGCCAAGUACUUUUCUAAACUGGACCUCUCGAGCGCCUACUACCACCUGGAGCUGAGUCAGGAAUCCAGAGAACUAACCACAUUCCUGUCUGAAACCGGGAUGUAUCGCUUCACAAGGUUGAUGUUCGGAGUCAACUGUGCUCCGGAGAUUUUCCAAAGAGAGAUGUCCCGGAUUUUGGAAGGAAUCGAAAACGUCAUUGUGUAUAUUGAUGACAUCUUGAUGUUUGCUGACACUUUGGAAACCCUCAGGAAGACCGUGGCUCGAGUACUCAAGGUGCUAAGAGAAAACAACCUUACGUUGAAUACAGCCAAGUGCCAAUUCGACCAAGAACGAAUCAAAUUCUUGGGUCACGAGUUGAACAAGGAUGGCUUCCACGUGGACGAAGUCAAGGUGGCUCACAUUCGAAACUUUCGAGAGCCCUCUACUACAUCAGAACUACAUAAUUUCCUGGGGCUGGCAUCCUUCGUCAGCCCAUACAUAAAAAACUUCGCGGACCUAACCAACCCAUUAUGGCAAGUGGCGACAGCUCACACAUGGCAAUGGGGCCCAGAUCAAGCUAAGGCAUUCGAGAAGACCAAAGGCAAAAUAGCAAGUUGUACUGUUGCACUGGGUUAUUUUUCGGAGGAUGAUACAACCGUUCUCUACACUGACGCUUCCCCCAAUGCGCUGGGAGCUGUGCUAACCCAAGAAGGCAGAGAUGGGACACGACGAGUGAUAAGUUUCGCCUCAAAAGCACUAACUAUCUCGGAAAAAAAGUAUGCUCAGAACCAAAGAGUAGCGCUUGGUUCCGUAUGGGCUGUUGAGCAUUUUAGCUUCUUCCUUCUUGGAAGACAUUUUGUACUACGGACAGACGCUCGCGGCGUGAGCUUCAUUUUAAACAGAUACAGAGAAAACUCCAAACGAGCGUUAACCAGGGCAAAUGGAUGGGCGUUAAGAUUAAGCCCGUACAACUACAAGGUUGAAUUUAUCCGUGGUAGAGAGAAUAUCGCAGACCCUUCAUUUCGUCUCUGCCACGUCAUGCCAGAUGAGCCAUUCGAUGAAAAUUCUAGCCCGUGGGAGCUUGCGGCUCUUGAAGCAAACAGUGUGGAUUUUGUAACAGAGGGUGAAAUCCAGUCAGGAGAAUGGCCAGGUCAUCUGAACUGGUUUCGUUCAGUGAAAGACGAACUGUAUCUGAAGAAUGGGAUUGUUCUGAAGGGAGGUCGAGUGGUAAUCCCCGAAUCGCUGCGAGAGAAAACGCUGAGAGUAGCUCACGAAGGUCAUCCAUUGACAGCUAAACUGAAGGCCAUACUACGGGAGCGCGUAUGGUGGCCCGGAAUGCCAGGAGAUGCCGAAAAGUGGGUCAAAUCCUGCCAACAUUGCGCAGUCAACGGUAGACCAGAGAAACCUUCUCCGAUGAAGCGUACCGUAGUCCCAAGGACUGCCUGGGAGACCAUUGCUCUGGAUUUUAAUGGCCCUUACGUCAAGUUCGGAGGAAUAUAUAUCCUCGUUAUCGUCGAUUACCGUUCACGAUACCUUAUCGCCCGGCCCGUCAAGUCGACUAGCUUCGAGGUGACGAAACGAGUGCUAGAAGAAAUCUUUGAUAAAGAAGGUUUUCCGGAGAGCAUGAAAAGUGAUAACGGGCCCCCAUUUAACGGGGAAGACUAUAAACAAUAUUGUCACGAGCGGGGGAUUAAAACCAUUUUUUCAACACCUUUCUUCCCGCAACAAAACGGUUUGGUUGAAAAUUACAUGAAAGUAAUCAACAAAUCCAUGGCCAUAGCGGUCUCCACUGGCUCAGAUUAUAAUGAAGAACUACAAGCUGCUAUUCGAGCGCACAAUUCCGCAUCUCACACCGUAACAAAAGUUCCUCCCGAGGAAAUCAUGCGAGGUAGAAGAAUCAAACGUGGAUUGCCUCUCUUUGAUCGUGGUCAAACAAAUCACGACGACGACGCUCUCAACAAGAGGGAUCGUGAAAUGAAACUGAAAGCCAAGGAGCGGGAGGACAUUCGAAGUGGUGCCCGGAAAUGCCAACUGUAA